CUACAGGCUGCAGCUUGACGCUCGUCAGGUCGACGGACGCUGCCUUGGAAACGACAUAAAUCCUGUCCACGCAGCUGGGUGGCCAACAGGGACCCAUAUUUACUCACUUCACAGGCUCCUCUGCCUCCUCCUCCUCUUCCAUCGAGCUGCAGACAUGGGCGAACCGAAAUGAGAUGCAGAGAAGGAGAGAAGCAUCGGAUUGAACCAUUUAAAUAGACAAGAAGAAGAAGAAGAAGAGACUUCAGCCAGACGUAGACCAGCAUGCCGUUGGUGAAGAGGAACAUCGAGCCCCGGCACCUCUGCCGCGGGGCGUUGCCUGACGGGGUGACCAGUGAGCUGGAGUGUGUGACCAACAGCACUCUGGCAGCCAUCAUCAAACAGCUGGGCAGCCUCAGUCGCCAUGCAGAAGACAUUUUCGGAGAGCUGUUCAACGAGGCCAACAGCUUCUACCUGAGGAUGAGCAGCCUGCAGGAGAGGGUGGACCAGCUGGCCGUGAAGGUGACGCAGCUCGACUCCACCGUGGAGGAGGUCUCCCUGCAGGACAUCAACAUGAGGAAGGCCUUUAAGAGCAGCACCAUCCAGGACCAGCAGGUGGUCUCCAGGUCCUCCGUCUCCAACCCCGUGGUGGAGAUGUACCAUCGCUGCGACAAACCCCCCCCACUCAACAUCCUCAGCUCCUACAGGGACGACAAGAAGGACGCCUUGAAGUUCUACACCGACCCCUCGUACUUCUUCAUCCUGUGGAAGGAGAAGAUGCUGCAGGCCACCGAGGACAAGCGCAAGGAGAAGAGGCGACAGAAGGGCUGUCCGGCCCACCCUGACAGGCCCCAUUCCAGACAGGCCCCACCCAGGAGCCCCCUGUCCAUCUCUGAGCAGCAGAAGCAGGUGGAGGACCCCAGCAGAGAGGUGAAGAAGGUGCGUAAGGCUCGUAACCGCCGUCAGGAGUGGAACGUCCUGGCCUACGACAAAGAGUUCAGACCAGACGCCCGCCUCACCCCCUCCCCCUACCACGGCAUGUCCUCAGAGGGGUCCCUGUCCCCUGAUAGCAGGUCGAUGACCUCUGACUCCUUCCCAGCGUCCCCCUCCCACCCCUCGAGCCAGGUCCCGAGCACCGUGCACCCCCCCGACCACGGCCGGGAGCACCUCAGUGCCGCGGCCCAGACUCAGUCUCUGGACCGGAUCCUGCGGCCCCCCAGCGGGCCCCCCGGGGCCGGAGGAGCGGCCGCACCGGGGCGCCACGCCGCCUCUCUGGGCCGAACGCCUUCAGGAGCUCAGCCCGGAGGAGAACCGGCUGUUAACGGGCCGAGGCAGCCGUCCGUUAAAGAGUACCGGGCCGGGCACGGUGGUCAGCCCUCCACCAUCCCAGAGUACUACAUCCCCCCGGCCCCUCCCCCUCCCCCCCUCACCAUCCCCUCGGCUCAGACGGCCUUCGACUCUGCGGCGGCUGUUCCUCCCUCUGCCGUCCCCCCCUCCUCCUCCACCCUGUCCCGCCCUUACUCCCCCUCCCCUCCUCCUCCCCCGGCCAACUACGUGCCCUCCCCCUCCCACCCCCCCUCGGGCGCCCCCCCGGCCGCCCCCCCUCCCCCCCCACCAGGGGUCCCGACCGGGUACCACGCUCACCCGUCAUCGGGGGACGCGGCCAGGAAGGCCACCGCCUUGCUGGGGAUGAUCCCGAUGAGCGACGCCCGCUCAGACCUGCUGGCUGCCAUCCGUAGAGGCAUCCAGCUGAGGAAGGUGCAGGAGCAGCGAGAGCAGGAGGCCAAGAGGGAGCCGGUCGGAAACGACGUGGCGACCAUCUUGUCGCGCCGCAUCGCCGUGGAGUACAGCGAGUCCGACGACGACUCCGAGCUCGACGAGAACGAGUGGUCUGACUAAUAAAGUUUUGAAUAAAGGGAGACGGAGGGGGGGGGGAUCACUGGGAGUAAAAAUGGGGGUGAAACAUUGAGACACUGAGGUGGUAAUGACGGGGGUUUGGUGAUUGUUCAUCAUCAACAUUCAAUCAUACAUUCUUACAGCAACAGGUUGAAGACGUAUAUUCUGCCUCCCCCCCCACCCCACUCAUUUCUAACCACUAACACUCAGCCGUGACAAACAAUCCUCUCCCUCGCUACGUAUUCGAGUGGUAAUUAUUAAAAGUAUUCCAGGUUGUGAGCCUGUAUUAUGUGAAGGAGGGCCCCCCAGUGAGGAGGGGGGGGGCGCUGUGUUUACAAAGCACAUGGUAUAGCACAAGCAAAACGAAUUAUAGUGCAAUCUUAACUUAUCUGCCAAAUGCUGAGAAGAAGGAAUUUGUGGCGGGAAAAUCAGGGAAAGAAUAGAAGGGUACGAAACAUACGCACUCUUUAAGAGGAAACAAUGACGUUUGGCUUUUUGAUCGUUUUAACCAACUUGAGAUGAUGAAUCGGCGCCUAAAUCUUCUUUUUGUAAUAAACGCUGCUAUGUGGGUUGAGCGUGUAGCUUUAACUAUCUCCAUCAUGACAUGUUUUUAUUAUUUAUUGUUAAAAUACAGGUUAGCCAUCAGCCAAACACUGUUGGCUCUUGAUUUGACUCUAAAUUGUUCAUAAUAUGUUCAUAUAAAUGAAUUUACAGUAAGAAAGACAAGGAAUACAAUUAAUAUAAAGAGAGAAAAAUAAACAUUCAGAAUCAGGUUUAUUACCGGGUACGUUUACACACUCUCGUUAAUCGCUCAAAGGUCCAAUCUGUAUGUUUUAUUCACAGGUUAACUUCAAUGAAAUGUAAUCACAUUUGGAGUUCCUUAUACAUUUAAAACACAGACUUGUUUAUUUACACAAACCUCAAACUGCAUCAGAAAACAUUAAUAAUUUAGGUGCAAUCUCCAGACCUUGCGUAUUCAAUUUUGGUAGCUGGGCAACAAGUCUGUUUACAAUAUUGUGAAGCUGACCGUUGAGCGGCCCGACCAAGCAAGGAGGCAGAGGCAGAACGUCCAAAAUACAACCCGGUGUGGGCAUUUAUUAAGUCAGGAACAUGACACAGCCUCAAUCUCGCUGUUCACGUGAGCACAGUCACAAGGAUCUCACACCCCAAACAAACAGGGAACACAGAGCCUAAGUACCCACACUAAUGAACCCAACAAGACACAGGUGAGGGGGGAGGACACAACACAGGGCACCAGGUGCACACAAUCAACAGCAACAGACAUGGGGAAAGGGAACACUUUUCAAAAUAAAACACAUGUGCAAUAUACAAAGCCCGAAGCCGUCAGUCCACAGUGACGAAGCCAUCUUCGUCACAAAUAUUGUUUGUGGUUUUUUUAUGGCUUGUUUAUUGUGUGUUUACGUCCUAAUGUAUACAUUUUAAACAGGCAGUCCACAAGGACCAAGAUGUCUUUUUCAAGACUGGUGCACAGGAAAUCAAAUAAUAUAUAAUAUUAGGGAAAAAGUCGAAUUUAAAAUCUUGAGAAAAUGUACCUUUUUGUAACUCAUUCCCAUCGUGAUUAGCGUUAUAUUUAAAACUCAAUGAUCUGAAUUUAUAAUAACAUGACAUGCACAAUAUAGAAAUAUGGGAUAAUGUUUAUCUUGUUUUAUUUCUGGUAAAGCGAUUAAAAAGCCAAUCUCUCAUAAAGUCAGUGUGAUCCCUAAAACCUUAAUCAUUGUGACAUACAGUACAGUAGUUCCCUUAUUGUGUAAUAGCUGAAAAGUUCAUGUUUUUUUUUGGGAAACCAGCGCCACCAGCUUUUGUUGAAUCUCAUUCAUCUUCCAUCGAACAACAAAGCGAGCGAGUUUACGCCAUUCGUAUUAUUUGUACCACUCAUGACAUUUCAGGCAGUGACAGUGUGCUGUGGUAUUGGUCUUUAUAUAUAAACGCUUCCACACGUUAACCACACACCGGAGUCGCCCUCACAAAGCUUUGUCAUCCUGAGCUGGGGUCAAAGGUCACGCCUCCAUACGACCCCCGCUCACUUUGUGAACGCAGACUAUAAAUACUAAGUGUAAGAGACUUGCAACAGUAAUAUAUUAUCUAUUCUCUUUUCAGUAUAGGUUUGGCUAAUCCUCCGUAUGAGCUGAUUGGACUGUAGUGUUUUUAUAUAACGUGGUUUUUCGUUUGACAAUGUGCUGCAGUGAGUUGUUCACUUUGGUUUCUUUUUUGGGGUUUUUUCUACUCCAGGCUGUAGUCGAGGUACACGAAAAAACUAUUAAACGCAAAUCAGAGAAGCAUUUCCUACCGGAUACUGCUUUUAAUCUAUUCUCGAGCCUUAAAAUCCCUAAAAAAAACAGGAUUAAAACAUCAUUUUAUGCUAGAUUUGCGCACUUCUUAAUAUUACAUUAUUUUAAAUGUUCCUAUCCAGAAGUGAUAGAUUUGUAAUGUAUUGUUUGGCAAUGAAGCAUUUGGGGUUUUCUUGAACCAUGAGACACAAUUGCCUCUUUUUAAAUGUCCUCUCAAACUGUUUCUAUUUAUAUAAUUUAAGAUAUAGUUUCUAUUUGUCCUUUUAUGAUAAUCUGGGCAAUUGUGAGAAGCAAGUCCUUCUAAAAAGCUUAAUUAUACAUAAAUAUAAGCACUUAAACUCAAAAACAGCUAAAUAACUACAGUAAAAUGUGUAGUUACUUCCUGUCUCACAUUGAAAAAUAGAGGCAGGGAAAUUGCUGUUAAAAGUUUGGCACGAUUUUAACCUGAAACGAAGGAUAUCUUUUGACCUUUAAGGCACCAAAUAGAAAAGUAGCUAAACCAAUCAGAGGCGUCCAACAUGAAUCCAGACACUGACAGCAUAUUUGGUCGGUGGGAUCGGGGCUUUUCCAGGUUUGUUUUAGUAAAGAAGUUAAUAUUUGUUGUUGUGUAUAUAAAUACAUGCUCGUUACAGAACGUCUCGCUGUCGAAGAACUCAAACUGGCUUAAAAACUGGACAUUUGAUGGACGUGUUGUUGAUGGUGGUUCUCCCUGAUUGUUUGGUCAAGUAUUUAUGGGUAUUAUUAUUCAAGCGUAAAAGCACAUGGGCCAAAUGUACCCAAGAUGUGAAGCAAGAGUCAUGGAUACAACUUCCUCUGCCCGAGCAAUGAAGCACUUAUUGGUCUCUUUAUAUCCUUCAAAUAUAAAGACUAAAAACCUUAAAACACUAGCUCUUUUUUUCUAUAAUUGGAAAUACCUGCCAACCAAAUCAGUCUAAACUUUGCCCGAGUUUUAAAUCAACCUCUCGUAUCUAUGGCGACUGGCUUGUGGGAAUACUCCAUUAUGUGUUGAAAAUGUGACAAAUGAAAUCAUGUUGAAUAGACUUUUUGGCGAAGCAGCCUGGAAAGUAAAAAAAAAAUCCAUUUGGGGUAAUAUAACAUAGACAAUGGAACAAAAUGAAACUGUAUUGCACACUAAAACCAACUGUAAGCAAGUAUGCAUGUAACUAUAGACAAUAAAUGGUGAACAAAA